UCGGUCUUCCUCGGGGACUCUUUUUGUUCUCUCUGGCGCAACGUUGAGUUCAUUGAAUAUGUCAGUUUCUCCCGCUCCCGCUCCCGCUCUUUCUCUCUAUACCAUCUGUGCGCGGUUGAUUCGGUUGUUAAUUUAUUUUCGUCGUUCCCUCCGGUUUUGUCUCGGCUUAUCUUUUCGGAUUUUCUCUCUCAUUCCGUCUAUUGUUGAUGUUUUCGCUUGUAGGAUGGCGAUCACCGAUGCACUCGAGAGUACAACCGCCUUGGAUAGCUCGUUAACAGUCUUGGAUGCCAGCCGCUUCCUUCGUAGGAGACCGAGUGCUACAACCGGUGGAGACGAGUACGAUAAAAAUUUAAGGACGAACAUUCGUGGAAGUGAUAGUUCGCCUCCGGAUCAUGCAAGUUUUAAUGGUUUAUUGGCUGCAAAGAGCUCUGAGGAGGUUAAGGAUCGAAAUGACGCUAUUGAAAAUCCGAAUCUAAUGGAACCGGAGAAGGAUCGGGUGACAAGGCCGAGAGUCGAGGGUAAUAAUUGUUCCUUCGGAUGGAUUUCAAUUGUGUAUAUAAUAACUAGACGCUUACUGACUGAAAUUGUAAUUAUAACCACUGUUGCAGUUUUCCAUCCAGUUUUCAUGAUUCUCAGGUUGGGAACAUGAUAUUUUGGUUCAUAUUCAGCAUUCUUGGCCAACUAAUGAGUGUCCUACUGACUUGGUGAACCGCCAAGGGAUAGACUAAGCUACUCAGUCGUAUGCCUAUGUGGAUGGAUGGAUGAUUCUGGAGUGGCCAUGAACUUACUUUACUUUCUGCAGGUAACACUACAAUCUCAUCCUCUUUCAUUAACCAAAUCCACUCUUAGCUCGAAUUUGGUGCCUCCCCAAGUGCUUUAACCAUAAUCUCAUCUCUUUCAACCAGUUUUUGGUUAAGAAUUUCAUUGAACUUGUGUAUGUAAGGUUCUUUUGCAAUUCCGCAUGGGUUCAGACUACUCUAUUGGAGCUUCUACGGAAAGAUGGGGGCCACGAACUAGUAUUCGACUCAAUUCAUGAAGCUAAACUGACAAAAAGAGGGGGUCAAUCUACAGAAAGGUUUCACUUUCAACUAAACCUUCAAUUUUUUUUAUCUUACACGCAAAAAAUGAUAA